UCUUCCAAUCAGAUCAGUUUCUGGCGAAAAUGACGGGAAUUUGCACGAGAAACACGAGAAAUCUUAAUGCCGUUGUUAUUCAAUUUUUUGAGAUGGUUCCAGUAAGACGAAUUCAGUGGCCGAAUGGAGAGAUAGACGUGGAAGAUCUUGACAUGGAAGCUCAGAGUUAUGUGUUGUCCAAGACUGUCAACAGUGACCUUUGUCGACAGUACCCACCUUCUAUACAAUAUCAAAGAGCGUUUGUCAAGAAGUUACUGACUACGCUUGAGGGUUACAGUGUUGAGAUGUGUGAUGAGCUGUAUGAGACAUAUACCGGACUGUUACAACAUAGAGAUUCAGAGGAGGACACAUUAUGUUACAAGACAUACACAGUGGGUGAAGAUGUGAAAAUAACAGUUCAGGAAUCUGUUAAUAUGAUCUCAUUUGGAACAACAGGACUGAGUACAUGGCAGGCUGCCCAGCACCUGGCUGAGUGGGCCAUACAGAAUAAACAGCUGUUUGAAGAUAGGCAUGUGAUAGAGUUAGGAUGUGGAUUAGGCCUUACGGGACUAACUGUAUGUAAACAGUGUCGUGUAAAUACAUACACAUUCACAGACUGUCAUACACAAGUUCUCGAUCUCCUUGCUCAGAACAUAAAUCAUAACUUCAGUGAUCACAUACAUGCACAGACAUAUGAGGAAGAAAUUUCUAAAGGCAUAUGUGAAUUAAACUUACAUAAAUGUGGUAACCAAAGCAGUUUAAAUUGCGAUAAAACCGACUGUGAUGCAGAAAAUAUAUGUGAUACUAGAUCCAGUCUAGACUGUGACAGAACUUCCUUUGGAUCUGCAGACUGUAAUUUAACCAGUGCUAAGAAUGACUCAAGUUUGUUAAAUGACUCAGACUGUGUUACAAUAGAGAGUGAUACAGUUCCAGAAUUGACUGAAACAGUAGAUCAUGAUGGCUUGAUAGACUGUGGUAAAACUUUGAUAUGCAAUGGUGAUGUAACGUCUGACCAAUGGACUGGUGUGAAAGAGUAUAGAAUAGACAAGUCUUCUUUCUGUAAAUGUAUACAGCUUGCAAGGUUCGACUGGGAGGACAUAGACCAUAAACUGGUUAAACAGUUAGCCGGGACUGAUGUGGUACUGGCAGCAGAUGUGGUAUAUGAUACAAGGAUUAUACCAGCACUGGUGUCAGUUUUGAAGUUGUUCCUUGGUAAUGGGCCAACAUGCACAGCAUACAUUGCUUCUACUAUACGGAAUGAAGAUACACGAGACCAGUUCCUCAUUUCUCUCAGUAAUGAAGGCUUGAAGUAUGAACAGGUUGAUCCACCUACACUACAGCUCUUCCAUUAUGACCGAAGUGUUCCUAUUGAGAUCAUCCGAAUAAAGGCAGUAUCAUAGAUCGUCAUAUCACAGGAAAAUAUAUAUAGUUCAUUACUCACUUAAGCAAUACAUUCCUAGUUCUUGUGAUGAUAAAUAAGUGUUAUUUUGCAUGCUUUGAUAUAUUUUAGUAUGUAAAAAUAAUGGAACUGUUCUCCAGAAAAGAAAAAGAAAAAUAACUGGUGUGAGCUUAAAGAUCUUUAUUUCAGUAAGUUAACUGAAAUCAGAAUGGCUCCAAAAACUUAUUAUUCAAAAUUAAAAACUGGGAAAUAAUAAAAGUGAGUAACGACACAUCAAACAAUAAUGAUCCAAAUCAGGUUUAAGGUUCAUGUAAAGUGUUUGGAGACCACCCCUCAGGUGAAUUUUGAUUUUGGAAAUUUAUUCUUCAAAGACCGUUACUAUUUAUUAUAAAUACACUGAAUUGUUCAGAGGAAG